AAAAGGGCUGGCUUAGUGUUGCGCUACAGAGAACAGAAGCAUAUAACACAUACAUUUUCAUACGGUUUCAGGUAGUGGAGCUUUUGUAAAACGGCCAAAACAGGUUGACACAGGACCAGUUGGCCAUGGCGUAUGCAUACCUCUUCAAAUACAUCAUUAUCGGAGACACGGGUGUGGGGAAAUCAUGCCUAUUAUUACAAUUCACAGAUAAGCGCUUUCAACCAGUGCACGAUCUCACUAUCGGUGUAGAAUUUGGGGCACGAAUGAUCACUAUAGAUGGAAAACAGAUAAAACUUCAGAUCUGGGAUACAGCUGGGCAGGAGUCCUUCCGCUCCAUCACUAGGUCCUACUACAGAGGAGCAGCUGGAGCACUCCUAGUGUAUGACAUCACAAGAAGGGACACCUUUAAUCACUUGACAACCUGGUUAGAAGAUGCACGUCAACAUUCCAACUCCAACAUGGUCAUCAUGCUCAUUGGAAAUAAAAGUGAUUUGGAGUCACGAAGAGAGGUGAAAAAGGAGGAAGGAGAGGCUUUUGCCAGAGAACAUGGGCUGAUCUUCAUGGAGACUUCAGCAAAGACUGCAUCAAAUGUAGAAGAGGCAUUUAUCAACACAGCCAAGGAGAUUUAUGAAAAGAUUCAGGAGGGUGUCUUUGAUAUAAACAAUGAGGCCAAUGGCAUUAAGAUUGGACCCCAGCAUGCUGCCACCAACUCCACACUCGCUGGCAGUCAGGGAGGACAGCAAGCUGGAGGGGGCUGUUGCUGAGCACCACCCACUGCAACCCCCCCCCCCCUUUCCUCCUUGUCUCCACCUACACCCCACCCCUCUGCGUUUCUACUGGAC